GCUUAUUUCUUUAGUUGAAAAUACCUUUCUUUUGUUACCUUGAUCGCAGUUUUGCACCCGACAUAGUCAAUGUCAGAUGACAAGCAGACGACAUUAUCGUUGCCCGAGUCUGCUGUAAGCAUAUAAAAGGAGCCUCAUGAUUAUCCCCGUCAGAGAGCUCAGACAACAAACAGCCGAUCGAAAAAUAAAAUGAAAGUGGGUGGCUAACGAUUUUUUUAGAACAACUAAAUUUUAAAAAGACUGAUCGUCGUUGGUAGUCCAGCUUUCCGAGAAAUAGUUUGACCAUGCUGUUUAUGUUUACGACUGUUUAUUUUGCGGAGUUAAAAUCAUGUCAAUGCAAGAUAUGUGUGAGGAUAGCGAAGUCAUUAUGGAAGUUCUUGCACGUUUUGCGUCAGCUGGCAAAAUGGCGUUUUAUGCUAUUUUUGUGAUAAUAUAUUUCUUGGUCUCGUUAAUCAAACGCUCUAAAAUGAAAAUCUGCAGGUUAGAAAUUCACGUGCUCUGUGCAGGCAGGUGAAGUCGAUAAACUGCAUACAUGGAACUACAUGCUUUAUGUAGUCCCUGGAGCGGAUGGACGCUUCGCUUCAGCAAAAGAUCGACAUACUGUUUAUUGUAUUUACUUGAAUAGUACAACUUUUUAGAUUAACAGUUGACGACCAUUACUAUAAUUGCGCACCAGCAAGCGAAGUUCUGCAGAAACUGUGACGUCACUCCCUCCAAAAAAAACAACAACAACAAUCUAAAACCUUAUAUAUUAUCCAGUUCAUUAAUGGCACGUACACGACUCGACACCCGUUGCUAAAAUAAACCGAUGCAAAAAAAUAAAUAAAUGAAAUAUCCCGAUCUUCCGGUUUGCUAAAGGCAGACAGAAAUCUACAUCCGCCGCUGAUUUGAACCGAUGCAAUAAUAUAAAAAAAGGCCCUAUCACCUGGUUCAGAUUAUUAUCGGCACAAUGGAUUGUACCCGAACCUAGCUCCAACAUAACUGACAUAGAAUGUACUAGUGUUACUGGGAGGAAGCAGUCGUGUAUCGGCUUGACUGGCACCGUGUACUCAACGCGUCGCCGACGGGGAAAAUGCGAAGCACAUGAUACAUUUCUUUCUGAAGCCGAGUUGCGAGAGUCUUCAUUAAACCUAGCUGAAAGAACUUCUUUUCUGUCCACACCCUUGCUUCUGCUGCCUCGUUGCUUUCUUUAGCUUUGCUAGACCUGACAUCCUCACUAGCUAUGGUUAAGAAAUAAGAAAUGACACCUGGACGCCCACCGUUGACUUUCAUCUUCAUCUUCGUGCUUGAAACAAGCCUGCAUCGGGUCCUUUGUGUAAUCAUGAUUCUCUUACUCUCAACUGCCCAUCUCCCUCAGCCGGAAGAGAAGAUAAGGAGAUUCACGUUCAACGAAGAAAAUCUGCGACCAGCGGUGUCUUCUAUAGACACACUCUACCUCCAACAAUUCACUACACCCGACAACAAAGAGGUCAGCGGCUGUAUUGAACUUGUUCAUAUUUUUUAGGCGACGCGCAUAGGUGGUGUGGUUUCACUAUGGAGAUCAUCAAUGUAAGCAGUCAUAGACGUUCUGCAAACAGCAGCCAUCGACAUGUCCAGAGCACGAUGCUCCCAGACGAUCGUUUUCCCAAAGCUACUUUCGAGUCCGAUAAAUCCAUCAGUCAGACGACUACUACAGCACAGUAUGUAUUACCAUGUGACAGUGUCUUUGUCCUCGUGGCGAAUUCCUCAACCUCCAUCAGGCUACACCAGUUCACGCCUCACAGCACUCCCGUUGAUUUCGGUAAUGAACUGUGUGAGGAAAUGAACACUUGUCCAGUUAGAGAUAACAUCACGAACGUGGACAUUUCAAGUAAGGAUGUCCAUAAAUACUACACACAGAUCCCAGGGUCUCCUACUGCCCAGAAAUGGAGGAACUAAAUUUGGAAGACUGCAUUCGGACAUUAGGGAUUCUAGUAGUAUUGCUACACCUUCGAAAGAAAAAAUUAGAAAAGAUAAAAUCUUUUCUUCUGUCUCCUAAGAAACCGACUAUAGACAAUUUUAUUAAAUCUUAUAAGAUUGACUGUAAUGAAACGGAACAAAGCAGUCGAAUAAACCUUGUGAAAUAUUUUAUUUCAAGAAUCUCCCGAACGCGUGUGAAACCCGAGAGCUACAGAAAUCUUAUUCUCUCCCCUUGUAGCAGUAACGAUAACACUGACUUGUCGUGCUAUGUAAAAUGUAUCGAGGAAAACGUAGAAAACAUAGAGGAGGUUCCAAUAAGCAAAGAUUUAAGUCGGUUUUGGAGAUUAGAUUUUCGUCAGUUCUCUCAGCCAAGGCGUGUAUAUACGGUCUUUCCGGCAACGGUCAACAGUUUGAUGACUUCUGAACUUGGCCGUCUGGGCACUCUCGCUUCACUUCCUUCGUCUUGUACUGCGUACCGCAUCCCCCUGGCCAAGGCAGGGUUUUACUAUGACGUCAACAACACCAGCAGAAACCCCGACAACCAGCACGAACUGGUCUGUUUCUCGUGCAAUGUUACCUGCAGCAGGUGGGAUACAGGAGAGAGUCCUGCAGAGAUCCACCGACGGUUGUCCCCAGAUUGCGCACAUGUGAAGACUCUUUUUCCAAAUUCUUCUGGAACUUUUUCAUCUAUGUCAUCUGGAAUAGGAAGCUCCAUUUCAUCCUCGUACAAUUCUGAUGUCGCUUCCGAACAAAGUAACAGCUCGCUGUCUCCUGCCUCUUCAACAUCCGGGUCUUUUCACGCAAACAGCAUCUCUUCACAGUCUACUGUGCUGGCCGCUGGAUACGACAGCAGCGACCUGACUACAGACUGUGCUGCCAUUGCACCAUCUUCACACCUACCAGGCACAUCCGUGACACAAUCCAGCGUCACUACAAUGUCAAACGGUCAUGGCGGUUAUCUGGAUGACCGGCCAACCAUGUCUAUGGACAUCGCCGUCUACCCGCAGUUCUCGACCAGUCAGUCACGGCUAGCCACGUUCCGUAGCUGGCCGCCAACACACUUCUUUGACCCUCGGACGCUGGUCUCACUGGGAUUCUUCUACGCAGGUUAUGCCGACUGCAUCCGCUGUUUCUACUGUGGUGUUGGCUUGAAAUCUUGGGAGCCUGGUGAUGACGUCACAGAAGAGCACAUCCGGUGGCGCCCCCAUUGUGGAUUUACCUUGGCUACCAGGGGCAGACGAUUUGUGGAGAAUGUCCUUGCACGAAUUCAGAGCGCAGAGUCAUCAGGGACCGAAGUCGUUGACUCGGGGCCCGGAAGACAAGAACCUUCCCCUCCUGAGAGAAACCGGCUGACAUCUCAAGCCAGCAAGAGUUCCCCUUCUUAUGUCAGCAAUGCCAGCAAGAGCUCUCCAACUCGUGCCAGCAGAUCACCAACUCAUGCCACUGACAGCACCGUCACAUCACCAACACAAACCAACAGUGCCAUCGUUUCGUCUUCGAGUUCGUCUGGUGCUGCAGAAAGUGAGGCAGUCAGUCAACCCUCUGUCAUUUUUGAAAAAAUUCGAGAAAUGGGUUUCCCCAAGGACCUCGUGGACCUGGUUUUGGAAGAGAUCGAAGCAACAGGUCUUCCAGACGUGAACAUGAGUGUCCUGGUGGACAGGAUUGUUGAAAUGCAGCAGACAAGUGAGUCCGACUCACGCGCUGGGCGUCCUGACAUACAGACCGACGGAGAAGAUGCGUACAUCAGUGAAGAAGUGAAAAGGAUUCGUCGGCUGCGGGAGGAGAACGCCCGUCUGAAGGCCAGACGUCUGUGUCGCACGUGCAAAACCUCCAUGGUCGGCAUGAUCUUCCUGCCGUGUGGUCACGUGGUCAGCUGUACCGAGUGCGGAGCCAAGACUCGCCACUGUACCCUCUGUAACGAACUUAUUCGCGCCACAGCUAAUGUGUUUCUUUGUUAAGCAAUCACAGUGAACAUGUUUUGUCCCUAUAUAUAUUUCAUGAUGUUUGGUAUGUACAAAAUAUAGUAUUAGUUUCAUGAUAUUGGUUAUAAUAGUGUAAACGGUGACAAAUCGCUCUAGUUUUAUUAGAGGAGGGUCAUUCGCCAUUAUCACACUUUUCCUUUGUAGUUGUAAAUCAAGAUGAUUUUAAAGAGUAUGUAAAGACUAUUCAAACGAUUUAAAAUAAUAAACAGAAACACUGUGCAUUUGAAGACUCUUGCACAUCAAAGAUAUGUUCAAGGGCGAAUGUCAAGAUGUGUAACCUUAACGGAACGAGCUAGCAGACUGUGAAAAUAAUCAUGUGAAUUGGUGUGUAUAUAUAUAUACCACGCUACACAGAAACAGCGCUUUCUUUUCACUGCAGAAAUGUCGUGGAAUAGGAGCAGCUUGCUGUCUGAGUUCUGUUAAGCGAUGCUACUAUUAGUCUUCUCUCAACGCCUAGUCAAUGAAACAAUUAAUCCAUGUGUUAUAGACAAGUUUCAGUCUUCACUCCCUUUCUUCGCUAGUCUUACAUCUGAAGCACCAGUCUGUAGCACAAACGGUUGGUGGUCGUCAAGAAGACAGGAAAGGACUGUAGGCGAGCUUUUAGUUGUUGGUAAGCUUCUUCACAUGUAGAGCCCACUGAUUUAUCUUUGCUUUGGCUAUCUUUGUCAAGUCUGUGAGCAGUAAGUAAUCAGAGUCUGCCAUGUAACGACGAAAGAAACCCAAAGGUACAAGAGAUGCUCUUACUUUGCACUUAGUUGUUGGAGCGAACGCAUCCUGCAUCUUUUCUAUAUUCGAUUCUGCUGGUCACAUUUGACUCCUACCAACCUUAUGACCAGGUAUUUCAAUUUCUUCAUAUCCUUGCCAGAACUGGGGGACAGUUUUGGACUUCACCCCUUGGCCCAAUGAGGUUUGGAAAGCCAUUUAUCGCGUGCGAGAUGCCUAAACAGAGAGUUCAUAUCAGGUAAUAGCUCGGCAUCAAAACACGUUGAACUCUCUUACCUUUCCAAGUUUAUAGACUAUCAUCACCUUUGAGUCAUGUGUACCAUCAAAGCGAAAGCGGUGAUCAUAAGACAUGCACAUUGACUCGCAAACGAAUGCAAACCACUCUUCCUCACACCUUUUCUUUUUUCUGUUCCCGUUUAAAAAGCUUAUCUCUCUUUCUCUCUCACUCACACACACAGAGAAGUAUUUUAAGUGUACUCUUAAUGAAGCAAGAUUGGUAUUGCCUUAAUUUUCGCUGUAAAAAUAUCCCUUAUAACGAAUAAAUAAUAGUAACUAUUGUCAUAUUGUCAAUGAGUGUGCAUAUGCUAAAGAAAGAGGGAGAGAGGAUACAAAAGAGAGUGAUAGGAAAAUGAUAAACGCCAGUAGUAACUUCACAGUACUAAAAUGAUUUCGAUAAACAAUAGUGAUUGAAUAUGUGUUUGUGAUUGUACAUUUAGCAAAAUACUGAGAUUAAUCCGUAUCUACAAUAGUAUUUUAAAUUUAAAUGCAUUUAUUUCCUAUCCUCCAUUUAAUAUAGUUUGUAAGUGCUUUACUCAAUCCUCUUCACCUUAUUUCCUCACUACAAACUGUAUUUCCUCACAGAAUUCCUUUGAUUUAUUGAGUGAAUAUUUUGAGGACUUUAACAUGAUUAAAGUGAUUGUUCUUUUACAGCUAGCAG